AAACACGACCAUGCUACGUAAAUUGCCAGUGUUUCUCUAAAUCCUCUGAUUCGUUGGCUGUUUUGUGGGAACAGCUGCGGUGACUAGGCAAAUGGCUUGGGAGCGAUCACCAGAGAAACGAACAAGCCGAAAAGAUAAGAAAAAGUGAAAUUGCAAUGGAAUUGGUCGGUGGGCGCAUCCUGCGGCUCUACAAAAAAUAGUGUAAACAUAUUGUAAAAGUAUGCAACAUAUUACCAAGUGUGUCGGAAUUAAUUUCAACCCUUAAAUAAGUUUUUUCGCUGCUAGAGAGUUCUCUAUUCGUCAACGAGAUCACCCACUCGCUGCCGCCAUUUUUCUCACGGAGCUGUUUUUAGGCGUUGCUGACGCUGGCAAAAUCAAAUUUUCAAUAAGUCACGUGCCUAAAAGUACCAACGGGCACCAUGAGCGCCGCGAAGGAGGGUAAGGAGAAGAAGCCUGUUGCCACUGUGGUGAAGAUCGUGGAAGUUGAGUCUGUUUCGCCGUCAAAGGACAAGCGCCCCACCCGCAUGAAGCUCCUGAACAAUGUCUCCGCAAGUUCGCCCCAAACGUCCCCCCCAAAGACGGACAAACGAAGUGGCCCUAAAGGAUCACGCAUUAAAAUACUCAACGAGGAUGUGUUGGUCGCACCGAAAGUUGAGAAGAGGCGUUCCACGAAACCUACCAGCCCUGGGGCCACCGCCACCUCGACAGUGAAGAUCCUUAACGAAAAGAGGAUAGUGCCAGCUGAGGACACUGCGCUUGAAACUACCAAGAUUAAAAUUUCUCCGCCGAAGAGGAACAAGAUGGAUCAUUAUGUACUGCAGCCUGUAAAAGUGGAAAAUAACAAGUCUGCCAGCCAAGCUACAGCUGGCGCAACCGGAGAAGACGAAGACACCAUCGCCUUUAUACUGGGGGACGACGAUGAAGUGGUGCCCGCAUCCACAAGCCGUUCGAAUGGUCAGGAGAUAUUGGUGACAGAAGAGGAGGAGGAAGAGGAAGAGGAUGACUUGGACGAAGAGGGCGAUUCACCUGGCGGAAGCAACAAGAAUUCCGGCCACAAGGCCGUCAAGGAGAUCGUGGAGCACGUGUGUGGCAAGUGCUACAAAACCUUCCGCAGGCUAAUGAGUUUAAAGAAGCACUUGGAGUUCUGCCGCUACGACAGCGGCUAUCAUUUGCGCAAGGCUGAAAUGCUGAAGAAUUUGGAGAAAAUCGAAAAGGACGCGAUUGUCUUGGAGAAGAAGGACAUAUGCUUCUGCUGCUGCGAAAGCUACGAUACUUUUCACCUGGGACACAUCAACUGCCCCGACUGCCCCAAAUCGUUCAAGACACAGACCAGCUACGAGCGGCACAUCUUCAUCACUCAUUCGGAGUUUAGCGACUAUCCAUGCUCUAUUUGUAAUGCCAACCUUCGCAGCGAGGCCUUGUUGAAGCUGCACGAGGAGCAGCACAAAUCACGGGGCAAGCCCUACGCCUGCAAGAUCUGCGGCAAGGACUUCACGCGCUCCUAUCACCUGAAGCGCCACCAAAAGUAUUCUUCCUGCUCAGCAAACGAAAACGACACUAUGAGCUGCAAGGUGUGCGACCGGGUUUUCUACCGAUUGGAUAAUUUGCGAUCGCACUUGAAACACCAUCUGGGAACUCAGGUGGUCAAGAAACCGGAAUACAUGUGUCACGUCUGCAAGAACUGUUUCUACAGCCUGUCAACGCUCAACAUACAUAUCCGCACACACACUGGCGAGAAACCCUUUGAUUGUGAUUUGUGCGACAAAAAAUUCUCCGCUUUGGUAGCUCUCAAGAAGCAUCGGCGCUAUCAUACUGGAGAGAAACCUUACAGCUGCACUGUCUGCAACCAAGCCUUUGCCGUCAAGGAAGUGCUUAAUCGGCACAUGAAACGACACACUGGCGAGCGACCGCAUAAAUGCGAAGAAUGUGGCAAAAGCUUCAUUCAGGCCACUCAGCUGCGAACUCAUUCCAAAACUCACAUUCGUCCCUUCGCCUGCGAUAUGUGCGAAGAGAAGUUUAAGACCGAGAAACAACUCGAACGCCACGUUAAAGAACAUUCUCGCCAAAAGCGCGCCGUAUUUUCUUGCACUGAGUGCAAGCGUCAUUUCCGCAACACUGCUCAGCUUAAGCAGCACAUGGAUGCCGGUGACCACUCUGAAAAAUCGGGAGAAAAACCACAGCGUGCCAAACGGUCUUCCACCAAGGUAUUGGAGCGCACGGAUUGCGCCAUUUGCGACAAGAACUUCGACAGCAGCGAAACUUUGCGUAAGCACAUUCGCUCUGUCCAUGAGUGCGAUCCAGAUGACAUCUUUGGCAUUCAACCGCCGUCUGCCAAGCGCGCCAAAAUCAACAAAAUACCAAAGGUUGAUGAGGAGGAGGAGGAGGAGGUGGUACCAGUGGCACUGAAUGCAUCAUCGGGUUCCCUGAUUUCCAGCCAAACAGACGACAAUGGUGUCGUGGUGCGGGAGUUUUUGGUGGACGAAGGCGAUGGCACUGCUCAGACUAUUACUUUGGAAAACGAAACCUAUACCAUUCUCCCAUUGGAUGGAGAAAUCGCGGCAGAGCAAAUAACUGAUGAAGGUGUCAAAGUGGAGGGACAAAAGACGCCGCCCAAGAAGUCCCCGGUCGUUAAGAAAGAGAAGCGAAAGUCCUUGGGUGCUAGCUUGGCUGCAGCAAUUGCUGAUAACAUCGAAGUACCGCCAGUCGAGGAAGACUUUGAGGGUGAAGUUCUGACCGAAGAGGAUCUAAAACUGAAAGAAAACAUUGCUAAGCUGAUUGACAUGCUGGUGGAUCCGCCGAUCUUGAAGAAAUACGGCUGGCCAAACGCCCCCGAGGAAAUGGUGCUCUGCAAGGUGAUCGAAAAUUGUGGCUACGAUCUGAACAAGGGCGCCGAAAACUACGCCGAACUGGACUACGGCAGCAGGAUGAGGGAAUACUGCAAGCUAUUGUUCACUGUGGUCAUUCACAACGAUUCCAUCAAGUCCCUGCUCAACAACUUUCCAAUUGACGAUGUGAUUGAAUAUGUGUUGGGGGAUGAGGACCAGGACGAGGACGGCGCUGACAAGGAGAAGGAAAUUGAGGGAAAAACUCGUCCUAAAGCUGCAUCAUCGAAAAAGGAAGACGGAAAGGUUUUAAAAGCAUGACGGAAUAUGAAAUAUGGCAUCUAACUAGGCAUUAUUUUCAAGUUCAAUAUUCUUAAAAGCGACGCAACAUUUCUUACAAAAAUAACUCAAACUUGUUGGUUUCAGUUUAAACACUAAGUGACCUUAAAAGAGAAACUUUGCUUUUGUUAUUUAAUACAUCGUUAUCUUGAACGCAUUUCCAAAUUUUUCAUUAUCCCAAAAAAAGAAGCUAAACCAACAGUUUGAAUAUCGAAGAUAUUUUGAUAUUAUACACAUUAAUAUUUACUGAAUUGAGAAAUGUACGCCAUGCAGACUAUGCAUGUAUUAUUUUUUAUAAAACUUAUUAAAUUUACAAGAAACCAG